AAACGCAGGAAGAUUUUCUAUCAGGUGUGCGGAAUUCCGGGGAAAAGCUCGGCCCCACCCCACCCCGGCAUCCUUUGCGCGGUGCACUCUUCCGGUCGGCCGCAGUCAGCCCGGAGUUGCCAUGGAAAUCCAGAGGCUCUAGUUAUGUCGCUCCAGCGGCCUCCUCCGUCGCGCGUGUUCGUAGAACUGGUUCCUUGGGCUGAUCGGGGCCAGGAAAACAAUUUGAUCACUGGCGGAGAAACGCGGCCCAAUGUCUGCCGCCCCUUUUCCUCAACACAGGCCCAAGCCGCGACCCGCGAAGUGCACGUCAGCGGCACUGCGGAGGUGUCUGCUAGUCCUGACCGGGCACAAGUGGCAGUGCGAGUGAGCAGCACCAAGGAGGCAGCGUCGGAGGCUAAGAAGAGUGUUGGCCGUCGCCUAGACUACAUCAUGCAGUGUCUCCAGCAGCAGGGAUUGCAGGUUUGCCUUACAUUUACUGAAUUUGGAAAGAUGCAAAAUAUUUGUAAUUUCCUCGUUGAAAAGCUAGAUAGCUCUGUUGUCAUCAGUCCACCCCAAUUCUAUCAUACUCCAGGCUCUGUUGAGAAUCUUCGACGGCAAGCCUGUCUUGUUGCUGUUGAGAAUGCAUGGCGCAAAGCUCAAGAAGUCUGUAACCUUGUUGGCCAAACCCUAGGAAAACCUUUACUAAUCAAAGAAGAAGAAACAAAAGAAUGGGAUGGCCAACCAGAUAAUCAUCAGUCAUCCUCAAGUUCAUUAACUGUACAACAAAAAAUCAAAAGUGCAACAAUACAUGCUGCUUCAAAAGUACUUAUAACUUUUGAGGUGAGAGUCCUGGAAACAACACUGCAACCCACACACAGCUGACUGAGAACACCUGCUGCAGCUCUGAGGAGAACUGGACAGAUUCCCCCUCUCACCCCAGGAGAGCUGCCCUGCUGGCAAGAAGAGUGAAAAAACCACAGCAGGGUCCACCCUGCUUCUCUGUGUAAACUAGAAUAUUCAAAAAGGGGUAGACAGGCAGCAGCAGACAGAAUAAUAUACUUCUUGAAAGAUAGCAUGGCCCGGGUAGAUCCUGUAACAUCACUUCUAGAAGUCUAUAUGGAGGUAGUACUUUUAAUGCUGUUUUCAGUCUUAACACAAUUCUUAUCCAUAUUUUUGUACACCCUUUAAUACUUAGGUUAAUAUCAAGACUAGAAAGAAACCUGUAUAAUCUAAAGAAUUUUUCAAAAUCCUGGGCUUGAACCCAGGCCUUAUGCAGGCUAUGGAAUGUAGUGUACCUGUACUGCUACACUUGCAAGCAACUACAUCUGUGAAGAAGUGGCAAAGGCCAAAAUUUAUCAAGUGCUUGAAAUUAAUAAAACACAUGAUAAUUAGCAAAGUCUUGUUUAGAAUAUUUUUCAUUAAGGAAAAAAUAAAACAGGAAAUUCUGACUACUCUCUCCCUUUUCUAUCCUGGAUCACAUACAAAGUUGCUAUUUCUCAUCAAUUCUCUUUUUGAUAUUUAGUCAAACAGACCCAAAGCUUGCACAUACAUGUGAGACAUAAUUGAGGAUGCUAUACAUAACUUAAGCCAAAAUCUUUUCAUUUUUUUCCACCAAGAAGAUAAAUUAUUAUGAAUGUAGAAGUUUUUAUUACUGAUUUGGGAAAAAAACUGGAUUUUAUGAUUUUAAAACUUUAUCCUGGGGCUGAGGUUGUGAUUCAGUGGUAAAGUGCUUGCCUAGCACAUGUGAGACCCUGGGUUUGAUCCUCAGCACCACAUAAAAAUAAAUAAAUAAAAUAAAGAUAUUGUGUCCAACUACAACUAAAAAAUAUUUUUAAAAAAACUUUAUCCUUUGUCAAAUCUCAAUCAUAGAAAGUAAGGUGUAUCAUGUUAUCCACAUGUUCUUUUUUUUUUCUAUACUUUGUCCAAAAUAUGUAUUAUUUUCCAGUCAAACCUAAAAUAAUAUGGGACAAAUAUUGGAAUAAAUAAAUAUCAACUUACCUAAUUAUUUUCUAGUUUUUCUUAUUGUCGGAAAAAUCUGAAUCAAAUCAGCAUGAAAAUGUAAAAACUAAGUUUAUUUUCAAGGUUUGAAAUGGACUUUGUAUAGUCAUCUUGCAUUUUUCCAACCCAUUAAACCAUCUGUUUCCUAGCUGCCUGUGGUCAGUAAGGUCCUAUGC